GACUGCGGGUUAUUCCCUCCGGCAAAGUCUGCGCUUGACUAUUUGACAGUGGGACAGCCCAGAAGCCCUCACGGACUCGAAGUGUGGAGAACUGGAUCCAGCCGGUGGCGUGUCUCGCUGUCAGUCUGCUGUUUACCACAGUGAACCUGGACACUGUGGACCAUGUGCUGCUCCGGGGAAAGCUGACAGCGCGAGGAUAAAUCUCUGUUAGACAUGACCGGCCUCAAGGCCAAAGCAGAAAGCCAGAGCGAUGAAGCCGAGGGUCCGGAUGGAGGCUGGGGCUGGGUGCUGGUCGGAGCCCUGUUCGUCAGCACGAGCCUCGUCUUCGGCCUGAUGCGUAGCUUCGGGAUCUUCUUUGUAGAGUUUGUCCGGUACUUUGAUGAGAGUGCUCACGCCAUCUCCUGGAUCUCGUCCACAGGCCUUGCAGCACAGCAGUUCUUCAGUCCACUAGGUGCAGCACUAUGUAAUGCAUACGAUGCCCGGUUGGUGGUGAUGACAGGAGGCUGUCUCGCUGGACUCGGCCUCAUACUUGCCUCUCAGGCUACCUGUCUUGUUCACCUCUACCUCACUAUGGGAGUUAUUUCAGGUUUGGGCUGGGGGCUGGUAUUCACUCCCAUGGUAGCUACAGUCUUGGCUAACUUCACUCGCCGGCGCACCCUGGCAUUGGGACUGGCGUUCUCCAGCAUCGGCCUCUCCUCCUUUGCUUUCAACCCGCUCUUCCAGCUGCUGGUGGAGAUGUACACGUGGCGAGGGGCCCUUCUGAUUCUGGGGGGCCUCAGCCUCAACAUUGUGCCCUGCGGGGCUCUCAUCUGUCCACGGCGAAGCUCUAAAGCACCAGCAAAGGUGGAUUCAGAGAGCAGGUCAUCACGUGCUGGACUGCUGCACCGCAUCUCUUCCCACCUGGAACUGUCACUGCUCUUCGAAAGGCCUUACAUGACCUACACCGUGGCCAUCACUCUUCUUAACGUCGGCUACUUCGUGCCAUAUUUCCACCUGGUGGCCCACAGCCGCCAAGCUGGCUUCUCGGAGUACCAAGCUGCUUUUGUCAUGUCAGCCGCCGGUGCAUCAGACAUUUUUGGCCGCGUAGCGUCAGGCUGGUUCUCAGACCUGGGUCACUUUCGGACGAUUCAUUUACUGAGCGUGUGGAUAACACUGGCAGGGGCGUUCAUCAUGCUGCUGCCUGUGAGUUCCUUGUCCGGCUCCUACUCUGCAUUGAUUGUGAUCAGCCUCCUUUAUGGCUUCUGCUCCGGGGCGCUGACCUCUCUGGUCUUUGCGGUGGUGCCCAUGAUUGUGGGUGUGGAGCGAGUGAUGGGGGCCCUCGGGCUGCUGCAGCUCAUUGAGAGCGGCGCGGGACUGCUUGGGACUCCUCUGUCAGGGUUUCUAAAGGACGUCACAGGAAACUACACGGCUUCCUUCAUGGUGGCAGGCAGUUUCGUCAUUCUCUGUACUUUGACCAUGGCCACUCUGCCUCACUUCUUCUCCUGCACAGACCCACCGUCUCCUCAAAGAUGCUCUCUUGAUGACAAAAAUAAGGGUUCGCAUUCAGAGUUGGAACAAAUUAAUAGUUUACCUUCUGACAAGAACCAUAGAGGAGCUGAAUGAUCUGAUCUGGUGAAAUAACCGGGCUCAAUAUUCCGCAAGACUGUGGAAAUGAAGGGUCCGAGAGCCUUGUUAAUACUCGUCAUGUGUGUGCUAUAUAUACCUCAGAGACUCAGACCCAAAGUGAAGAUAUAAGCUUACUGUAACAACUCGGCCAAGAUGAAGGGGCCGGUGAGUUCCUCACUCUGUUUACCAUCGUAACCUCAGUUUAAUGUCUAGGCCAGUUCCUUCUGCCUAAAAGGAAACUCAGACGUAUGGUUGCUUUACAUGCACAAUAUAGGAAAUGUGAAGGAAAAGAUUUUUUUUGUUUUUAUUGUUAUUAUUGUCAUCAAGUUUCUGUGGGAAAGUCUUACAUUGUCUUGGUUGUUUAUGUGAAUUUUAAGUGUGAAUCUGAUUGUGGAGAUGUAAGAAUCACCAGCAUAUUUAAAUUUUGCACGUACUUGUUUAAUCCUUGACUUUUAUUUUACUAUUGGCCCCAUAUCUGAUGCUGUUAGUGCAUUGUGUGCUAUUUGCACCAUCAUCUCCAAAAAGGUAGGUACUACAGCUACAGAUGACAACUUUUGUUUUUUACACAGAGACCUAGCAAACAAGCAAAACUGCCUGCUGUGGUAUGUCCAGUACUGUAUGGUAAUUAAAAUGAAAUAGAAUAUUUAUUUUGCACACCAUGUAAGGACAAUACCAACUUAACAAUACCUAGAUUUUUUUAGGGCCCCUUUACAAGAUAGGAGCCUCACUCAGGUAAUGAAGCAGAACUUGUCAUAUGUACCUCAGCAGUGCUUUAUUGGCAGAUAUUCCAAAACUUUAAAAUAACAAAUUAUCGUUGUUCGUUAGACUACUGUUUACUUUGUGGAUGCAGAUUUACAAAUGAAAUAAACUAAAUGUCUUAAUGAUUAGCAGCAUCCCUCUGUGCUGCUAGCUGUUAACACUGAUUCAUCAUCAACACUAAUGUAGCGGCAGACACCAGCACUGCUUUCUGCACCUCUCCUUCAGCCUCAGGACUGUCACUUUCCAUCAGAUCACUAUGUUGCUGGACAGGAAUACUGUUAUUUCUUACUUGCCUUUCCUGUUCAUACAAGCAUUAGCUCGCAUGAGCACUUUGUACUUUUGUAAACCAUAAACAAAUCUGUAAAUCAGUUGUUUGGCUGAUUGAACACCAGGUUUGUAGGACGGAGUCAACACGAUCACUGUGGUGGUUACUGGCAGCUACUGAAUAGCAGAGCUCGCAAAAUUGUUGAAAAAGUUUUUCUUAACUAGAUUUUCCUUGCUGUCUGUGAUUCAAAGCUUUAACACCCUAGUCUUAAACCUAAUAUGCAAACAUCCAGGCUGCGACCUGACACUAUUGUAGUUAAAAUGAGAUUGAUAUUUUGAUAUACUCCUCCUUGAUUAAAAAGCAUUUUAUAUUA